AUCAAAUUAGGUAAUAGUUUCGUCUAUUUUUUGAAGAUAUUCUUUAUCAGUGAAAUAAAAACGAUGUCGAUAAUAUGAAUAUGGGUGCUCGCGUUGAACUUGGUGCUCAUCGAGAUUUAUUAAUGGCGGAAUCGAAAAAAUAAAUACCAUCGUCACCUUAUCUCCGCACCAUGCUACUCCUCAUCUUUCUUCUCUCACUGCCACUACUCGUUGUCUGCGAAAAUGGCACCGAGUUCCUCGAGGAAACUUCAGACUGCGUCAAAGAUUUAACACCAUCUCACUCGCCUCAAUUCAGCCUGAAUUCCGGAACUUUCGAAGAUUUCGUCAAAUACAACGACUUCUUCAUCGAUCGAACUCUCCUACUCAAAGAAAUCUUCCGCGCGAACCCAUCUUUCAUGACCAUAUUCUACCUACCACGCAAAUUCAGCAAAUCCACCAAUUUGCAGAUGAUUCGAACAUUCGCCGAAAUAAAAUUAGACUCGAAUUACACCAGACUCCCUCCAAAUGACACCUUCGCCUAUAAUUUCUUCGCAAGGGGUAAAAUCAAUCACGAAAACGAUGUCGUAGAAUUACUAAAGAAACCGCCCAUGAUCUCACACCAUUCCGAUCUCAUCAACUCGCACUUAGGUCAGUACCCUGUGAUUUACCUUAAUUUGAGCUUUAUUCAAGCCAUCGACUACGACAGUACUUGGAACUGCUUGAAAGAUAGAAUCGGUAGCGAGUUCAAAAGAUACUGGUUUCUGCAAUCGCGAGUUAACCCGAGUAACGAAUCGUCACUAUUCCUCAAAUUGGUGCAAUACUUUAAUAAAAUGGACGGGAUUCGCGAUCAACAACGGAUAUACCAUUUAACCAGCAGCAUGGAGUGUUUGGCCAAACUGGUAGGAGAGUUCUUCAAUCAAAAACCGAUCUUGAUGAUAGACGAGUACGACAGUUAUAUAGAUUCGGUCUUACACGAAUACUACAUCAGCAGAACAGAAGACGACAAAGUGAUGAAAUUCUUCGCUCGUUUCAACGCUCUCUUCGGUAAGAAAGAUCUUUGGCAACGGGUCAUCGUGACCGGAACUUACAGUAUUUACAAAACUAGUUUGGAUUCGAUCCCGGUAUCGAAAAAAAUCUAUCACGCGCUCGCCAACAAUAUUUCGUACUUUUUUGGAUUCACCGAUCGAGAUGUGAGAUCACUAGCCGAACACUUCCGAAUACCCAACGAUGAAUUAGAACAAGGUAUAGACUACUACAAAGGCUACCAAAUGGGCUCGCAUUAUCCUAUCUACAAUCCGUGGUCCAUAUUGAAAUAUUUCCAAACCAAGCAGCUCGAAAACCAUUGGGAACAAACGUUCAAAAACCUUAAUUUCUUGAAAGCUCUGUUCAACAUCGACAAAAUGCGCAGCGUUUGGAUGGGACUGCUCGGCGAUCGAACCAGAUGCGCCAGCUAUCUCUACAUAAUUUACAGCGAAAGCGAUAUGUGGUACUUGAAGAGUAUAUUAGCCACCAAAAACCGCCUCAACGCCCUCAGUCCCAAAAAAUUCACACAAACAUUGAUGUACAUGGCGGAUGCUGGACACAUGACGUGGAUGAAAUACAGAGAACCCGAUCCCAGUCGAACGUUCAACGUAUGGUUGCCAAAUAAAGACACCAAACGAGCCACCUUCUUCAGAAUGAGGGCAGCUUACACGACCUUCCUCAAAGUGAAAACUACUCUGGCCGAUGACGCGGCCCUCAAACUACACUCGUAUCUGUCUAGCGAUCGUCCGGGGCAGCUUUUUGUCGAAGUGAUGACCACCUUUGAGCGUUUAUACAAUAAAACUGGCGCGUUGUUUGAGACAGAUAGACGAUUUCGCGAACCUGUACCCAAACAAAAAGCCAGAGAUAUCGCCGAUUACAUCGGAUUACGUAUACGUUACCAAUACGAUUACGAGGCCGAUCCUAUGUUCAUGUCUGGUUUCCUGCUGCGUAAAUCUAACGCUUCGUUCGUGGUCAUUUUCAAUUAUAAUCAAUCCGUCGAAUCGGGCCAAGUCUUGGAACGAGUGAGAAAUUACGUCCAUCCGUGGACUACACUCAAGCCAGAAACCACGAUGGUUAAAUACGUCGUAAUUAGCGUCGGAAAUGAUACAGAUACUCAUAUGCUAAGUUAUACCUCUAAUUACAUUCCGAAUGAUACAAUCGCGACUUCCAAUACGUCUUCUGGUGAUAUGAAGAGUAAUAUUAUAGAGACUACUGUGGUGCACCUUCCAUCCACAGAAGUUUCAAUAUCGUCCACGAUCGAUUCGAGUCCAAUUGUGGAAUCUACUCCUCCUUUGCCCAUUAUUGAAGAUCACAUAAACACAUCUUCCAGUGCGGUGGAAAACCAAUCAUCUUUGAGUGAUUCUGAAAAUAACACUGUGAUUUCGCAGAUAUCUCCAAGUCCAAAUGAGAUUCAAACGUUGGAAGCUGAAUCCACAAAUCACACCACGAUCACAACAAUUCUAGGUUAUGUGCCAGUUUCAUGUGAUAUUCCACCAUGACAGAAUUUUUCGACUGUCGUAAUCGAUUCUAUUUGAAAAUGGACUGAUUUUAUGUUAAUGAUUUGUGUAAAUAAAUUUUUUAAUAAAAAAAAGCUCACGAAAAA